AGCUGCGAUGCGGAUCGUCGUGUUGCCGCUGCUGUGGGGGCUCGCGGAGGGGGCUUUCCCCAGCAGCGUCCAGAUAGGUGGGUUGUUCAUCAGAAACACUGAUCAGGAGUACACUGCGUUCCGCUUGGCCAUAUUCCUGCACAACACCAGCCCCAACGCCACGGAGGCACCCUUUAACCUCGUCCCGCACGUCGACAACAUCGAGACCGCCAACAGCUUUGCCGUCACCAACGCCUUCUGUUCGCAGUACUCGCGGGGCGUGUUUGCGAUUUUCGGCCUGUACGAUAAGCGCUCCGUGCACACCCUGACCUCCUUCUGCAGCGCUCUGCACAUCUCGCUGAUCUCCCCCAGCUUCCCUGCCGAGGGGGAGACGCAGUUCGUCCUGCAGUUACGACCCAACCUGCGGGGGGCGCUCAUCAGCAUCCUGGACCAUUACGACUGGAACCGCUUCGUCUUCCUCUACGACACCGACAGAGGAUAUGCCAUCCUGCAGGCCAUUAUGGAGAAGGCGGGCCAGAACGGCUGGCAGGUCAGCGCCAUCUGCGUGGAGAACUUUAAUGACGCUGGCUACCGGCGCCUCCUAGAGGACCUCGACCGGCGGCAGGAGAAAAAGUUUGUCAUCGACCUGGAGCCAGAACGUCUCCAGACUAUUCUAGAACAGGCGGUCAGUGUGGGGAAGCAUGUGAAGGGAUAUCAUUACAUCAUUGCCAACCUGGGUUUUAAGGAUAUCUCUCUGGAGAGGUUCAUGCAUGGUGGAGCGAAUGUUACGGGUUUUCAGCUGGUGGACUUCAGUAAACCGAUGGUCAUCAAACUCAUGCAGCGCUGGAACAAACUGGACCAGAGGGAGUAUCCUGGCUCAGAAACCCCGCCCAAGUACACUUCCUCCCUGACGUACGAUGCCGUGCUGGUGAUGGCCGAGGCUUUCCGCAACCUUCGACGCCAGAAAAUCGACAUCUCUCGCAGAGGGAACGCUGGAGACUGUCUGGCCAAUCCUGCGGCCCCAUGGAAUCAGGGCAUUGACAUGGAGCGCACCUUAAAACAGGUGCGUAUCCAGGGUCUGACAGGGAAUAUUCAGUUUGACCAUUAUGGACGCAGAGUGAACUACACCAUGGACGUGUUUGAACUGAGGAGUAAUGGACCUCAAAAGAUCGGUUACUGGAACGAUAUUGAUAAACUGGUGCUGGUGCAGAACGAGCUGGGAGGAGGAAACGGAUCAGCCAUGGAGAACCGAACCGUCAUCGUCACCACCAUCAUGGAGGGACCGUACGUCAUGCUGAAGAAGAACUGGGAGAUGUAUGAAGGGAAUGACCAGUACGAGGGAUACUGCGUGGAUCUGGCAUCCGAAAUCGCAAAGCACAUUGGGAUUAAAUACAAGAUUUCCAUAGUUCCUGACGGGAAGUACGGAGCGAGGGAUCCAGAGACGAAAAUAUGGAACGGAAUGGUUGGGGAGCUGGUGUACGGGAAAGCGGAGAUCGCGGUGGCCCCUUUAACCAUAACGCUGGUCCGGGAGGAGGUCAUAGACUUCUCGAAGCCGUUCAUGAGCCUGGGCAUCUCCAUCAUGAUUAAGAAGCCGCAGAAGUCGAAGCCAGGCGUGUUCUCCUUCCUGGACCCGCUGGCCUACGAGAUCUGGAUGUGCAUCGUGUUCGCCUACAUCGGGGUGAGCGUGGUGCUCUUCCUGGUCAGCCGCUUCAGCCCGUACGAGUGGCACACUGAGGAGCCCGAGGAGGGAUCGGAAUCUGCUCCAGCCGACCAGCCCCCCAACGAGUUCGGAAUAUUCAACAGCCUCUGGUUCUCCCUCGGAGCAUUCAUGCAGCAGGGCUGUGACUUCACUCCCAGGUAA